AAAAAGAGAAAUCAUUUCAAUUCAAGUCCAGCUUCGCAUCCGGGUUUCCUUCUUCUUCUCUCCCACACCCAAAUACACUCUCGCUGUUCUCUGUGUCCUUGCUCUGCCUUUUUAGGGUUUCGAAUCGCCGUGUCCUCGCCGGGAAAUUCUUUUCUUAAAGUAUGGCAAUGGAAGUUACCCAGGUGCUUUUGAAUGCACAAUCAAUAGAUGGGAAUGUGCGUAAACAUGCAGAAGAAAGCUUAAAACAGUUCCAGGAGCAAAACCUCUCCAGUUUUUUGCUAUCACUUUCUAGUGAACUAGCAAAUGAUGAGAAACCUGUAGAUAGCCGCAAAUUAGCUGGUUUAAUUCUUAAAAAUGCAUUGGAUGCAAAGGAUCAACAUAGAAAACUUGAGCUUGUUCAAAGAUGGUUGUCACUGGACAACAAUGUGAAAAGCCAAAUCAAGGCAUGUUUGUUAAGGACUCUAUCCUCUCCUGUAGUUGAUGCUCGAUCAACUGCCUCGCAAGUUAUUGCCAAGAUUGCAGGUAUUGAAUUACCUCAGAAACAAUGGCCUGAGCUGAUAGGAUCGCUUUUAUCAAAUAUUCAUCAGCUCCCUGCUCAUGUCAAGCAAGCCACUUUAGAGACUCUUGGUUAUUUGUGUGAGGAAGUCUCUCCUGAUGUUGUUGAUCAAGAUCAAGUGAAUAAAAUAUUGACAGCAGUAGUUCAGGGUAUGAAUGCAUCUGAAGCAAGCAAUGAUGUUAGGCUUGCGGCCACCCGAGCACUAUACAAUGCACUAGGCUUCGCACAAGCAAACUUUACCAAUGAUAUGGAGCGUGAUUAUAUAAUGAGAGUAGUCUGUGAGGCUACUCUGUCUCCAGAAGUGAAGAUACGGCAAGCUGCUUUUGAGUGUUUGGUCUCUAUUUCAUCAAGUUAUUAUGAGAAAUUAAGUCCUUACAUCCAGGACAUCUUUAGCAUCACAGCUAAGGCUGUGAGGGAAGAUGAGGAGCCUGUGGCUCUUCAAGCAAUUGAAUUUUGGAGUUCAAUUUGUGACGAGGAGAUAGAAAUAUUGGAAGAAUAUGGGGAUGAUUUCACUGGGGACUCUGAUAUACCUUGCUUUUAUUUUAUUAGGCAGGCACUCCCUGCUCUUGUGCCAAUGCUGUUGGAAACACUACUAAAGCAAGAGGAGGACCAAGAUCAGGAUGAAGGAGCUUGGAACAUUGCAAUGGCUGGGGGUACUUGCCUUGGUUUGGUAGCACGAACUGUGGGGGAUGAUAUUGUCCCACUUGUGAUGCCAUUCAUUGAAGAGAAUAUUACAAAACCUGAUUGGAGGCAGAGAGAGGCAGCAACCUAUGCAUUUGGCUCAAUCUUGGAGGGUCCUUCCCCUGACAAGUUAAUCCCUAUCGUUAAUGUUGCAUUGAAUUUUAUGCUGAGUGCUUUGACUAAGGAUCCAAAUAACCAUGUGAAGGACACUACUGCAUGGACCCUUGGACGAAUAUUUGAAUUUCUUCAUGGUUCAACCAUUGAUGCGCCCAUAAUUACUCAAGCAAAUUGCCAACAGAUCAUCACUGUACUGCUUCAGAGCAUGAAAGAUGUUCCAAAUGUAGCAGAGAAGGCAUGUGGAGCCCUUUAUUUCCUGGCCCAGGGCUAUGAAGUGGUGGGCCCAUCAUCUCCCCUGACUCCAUAUUUCCAGGAAAUAGUUCAAGCGCUUCUGACUGUUACUCAUAGAGAGGAUGCUGGAGAAUCACGGUUGAGGACUGCUGCUUAUGAAACAUUAAAUGAAGUGGUGAGGUGCUCAACCGAUGAAACAGCACCUAUGGUUUUGCAAUUAGUCCCUGUAAUUAUGAUGGAGCUUCAUAAAACUCUGGAGGGCCAGAAGCUUUCAUCUGAUGAGAGAGAGAAGCAAAGUGAAUUACAAGGCCUUCUUUGUGGAUGUUUACAGGUUAUAAUUCAGAAGCUAGGGUCAUCAGAGCCAACCAAGUAUGUUUUCAUGCAGUAUGCAGAUCAGAUAAUGGGACUCUUCUUGAGGGUUUUUGCUUGCAGAAGUGCUACUGUGCAUGAGGAGGCCAUGCUCGCAAUUGGAGCCCUUGCCUAUGCGACAGGCCUAGAUUUUGCAAAAUAUAUGCCAGAGUUUUAUAAGUAUUUGGAAAUGGGUCUCCAAAAUUUUGAGGAGUACCAAGUAUGUGCUGUAACAGUUGGUGUAGUGGGUGAUAUUUGCAGGGCAUUAGAGGAUAAAAUUUUGCCUUACUGUGAUGGGAUUAUGACACAGCUUCUCAAGGAUUUGUCAAGCAACCAGUUGCACCGGUCUGUGAAGCCUCCCAUAUUCUCUUGUUUUGGUGACAUUGCAUUGGCAAUAGGAGAGAAUUUUGAGAAGUACUUGAUGUAUGCCAUGCCUAUGCUCCAAAGUGCUGCAGAAUUAUCUGCACAUACAGCUGGUGCUGAUGAUGAAAUGACCGAGUACACGAAUUCAUUAAGAAAUGGGAUUUUGGAGGCAUAUUCAGGGAUUCUUCAAGGGUUUAAGAACUCUCCUAAAACUCAGCUCUUGAUUCCUUAUGCACCACACAUUGUUCAGUUCUUGGAUAGCAUAUACAUGGGGAAAGAUAUGGAUGAUGUGGUAAUGAAAACUGCCAUUGGGGUCCUUGGAGAUUUAGCAGAUACUCUAGGAAGUAAUGCUGGUUCUUUGAUACAGCAAUCUCUUUCUAGCAAAGCCUUUUUAAAUGAAUGUUUGUCUUCUGAAGACCAUAUGAUUAAGGAAUCUGCUGAAUGGGCCAAGUUGGCCAUAAGUCGUGCAAUUUCUGUUUGAGAUUUUUGUGAUUUGGCAUGCUCUUUCCUUUUACAAGUCCCUGCAUGCAUUUUGGUGUAUCGAGUCGGGGUCUAGGGUUGCAUUUGUGUCAGGUCAUCUGCCGUUUGCGGAUAACAAAGUUAUCAGUGUUCAAGUUGUCACUUCAGCAUCAUGGAGUUGGGAAUUGGGUGGUGAUUACUUUGUUGAUGUGGAUAAAGGUGUGGGUUAGGCCAUGAAUUGAAAACUCCAGAGCAUAUCCAUUGCAUUUCAGAAUUGGUUCAAGCAAGGGGGAGAGGGAACUUUGAUUUGCUGAAUUUACAAGUCAGGCAGCAUCUUGUCAUUUGCUAUUUAUUCAUAUUUGUCAUGGUUAAGAAACCUCAUAGUGUUCUGGUGGUAAUCUCGAAGGUUGUUGAAGUGGAUCACUGCAAUAAUUGGUUGAUGUUUAGUGACAUUUGAAGAUGAAACGGGUGCUACAUUUUAGAAGACCCACAUUUCAUUCCUUAUUUUUUUUGCUCCCUUCCCUUUUUUUAUGUCUUUUUAGUCAGUCAUAUCUUUUAUCAUUUUAUCAUCAUGUCUGUCAUGGUUGAUUUGUAUUUUACCCGCAACACUUUUGGUAUACAUGGUUGGGGGUCAUCAUCAUAUAUUUUGAGGUUAUCGCAUCUUGCUGCACUGCAUUUUUAAUUUUUCUUUUAUUGUCUUUAUUGGUCUCAAGUCAGUAAUAUACCUUGCAUUCAUUCAAUCAUGUCUUUUUUUUUUCCCUCUUGAAAUAUAGGUUUUAUUUUAUUUUUUUUUCCCACAAUAUGUAAUAUUUUUGUUAGUCUCUGCUUGUAGAGAACAUUUAUAUUGAGAUGUCAUGAAACUGUGUUGACAUUGUAAGGAUUGGAUGGAGAAAUGAACAUCAGAUGAAGUGAGGAACAGUACAAAAAAUUGUAUUUUAUUCUUAUAUCUUUGAAUCAAAGAUAUGAGCUUUUUUGCACUU